UCUGUCAUAAUUCAUAUGUGAAUCAAAAUAAAAAUGUCAAGUGAUCCAUUAUCUAACCUAGAAACUCCAUUCCAAAGGGUUAUUCGUAAAAACGGGAGAUCAAAAUUCAAAUCUAAAAGCAAUAAUUUGGAGAUAACUCAACCGCUCACGGAGCACGAGAAAUCAAAAGCUAUCAGGCGCAUACACCAGGCGAAAGAAGAAAUAUCCAGUUCAAAUUUAUUCAAAUCUAUAACUGUAGCUUUGCAGAAAGGUCUGAAGAUUUUGGAUAAAAAUUCAGUUACAGAAAUAAUCUGCUUAGGUUUGGGCAAAGUUGGUGAGUUUUUAACUCCUAAAUACCAACUAGCUGUCUUGCUAUGUCUUUCUGACAUUCACAAAAUUGAAAUCAAAACGUUUGAUCCAGUAUUCACGGAUGACGACCGGUUCAUAUUGGAUAAAUUCAAUGUGAAAGUACUAUCUGAAAAUUUAGAGGGGAAAUAUUUAGCUAGUCCAAAAACGGUCAUAUUUUUUUUGCCGCAUUGUCCGAAACAGUUAACCAACAAUAUACUUUGGAGCAAUUGGGGAUUGAAUUUGUGUGACUGCAUUUUGAUAUGUAACAGUUUCAAUAAAAUCGUUGAACAGGAUACAACAACGAAUCUGUUGAAGGGAGCUAAUUAUAUUCUUAAGAUUGUCCCUCACACAGAAGAAAUCUCUAUUGAAAAUUCCUUCAAAUUUGACGAUAUUUUCAAUGAUACAUCCCUCCACGUAUUUCCUGUAUCAAAAUUGAAGGCCUUGCCUAGUAAUUUUUGGCAGUUUUGUUCUGAACCAGAGUAUAGUGAAGAAGACAUUGAAUUUGUAAAGAGAAAGCCUUAAACAUUUGAGUAGGAAAAUGGCCGGAGUAUCAACAAUUAGAAAUAUAAUUUCCGAACUACGACAUGCUAUCCCCAAAGAAAA